AUGGUUCGUUACACUAGCCCACAGAUAUUGGAUGAGGAUGCAGUAUAUACCCUUGGUUACGGGCACAACGGCGCCCAACACGAGCUUGGUGGGGAUAUUGACGGUUCGACUUUAAUUGAGAACUCUGGCCGCCUGGGUGAUGCGAAAAGCUUCGACGACCUACCGCUUCCUAACGUGAAAUUCGAGCUCUAUCAAGAAGAUACGCUUGUUCAGACCAGUAGGGAGUCAGAUAUUCCUGUGACACCAAGUGCGCGCGACAACAGUGACGAGGAGGAGUAUGUGUUGGCAAGUGAAAGCAAUACUUCGAAGGUCUCUCAUAGCUUCAGGUCAAAAUCUAGCGCUGAACCCGACGUUAAAACUCUCUUGUUGAAAACGGCAGAGCCAUUCAACCUCAAAUUUGAGGCCUCUUCGCCGGAGGGCUCUGGUAAAAAGUCACAUAGAGUUUCCCCUGCUCAAGGCACCGAGAGCGUCAUCUUUCAUACCUGUACGAAUCCGCAACAAUUAAGAAGACGCGAGAGAUACAAGUUUGUAGUCGAAAAUGAUUUGGAGAAAGCAGGUAUAUGGACAGGUCCAACCUCUCAGCCGCCUGGGGAGUGGACAGAUGCCGAGCGGGACCUCCUGUCUCACUUGUCCAUGCGAGGACUUGAGCCAUUAGUGCCUAGUUCUUGGGAACGAGACUUCCCUACGUUUCCUAAGGCAUUAUUCUCUCCAUGCGGGGCGAGAGAAAGCUUGAUAGAGUCAUUAAGCGGGCAUGAAUUUCGAGGUAUGGAUGAAAGAGCCCUUAUAGAUUUGGUCGCUAAUAUGAGAAUAGCAAUCAAGGCUCUUGAAGCUCUCAUAACCUUGGGUCCUCGCUCACGGGACCGUCAGCGUUUUAAUCUUCAGCCAGAGCCGGUAUUGAGGCGAAUAUUAAAAUCUUAUAUCCGCUGGGGCCUUCGCGACGCAAAUCUGUAUAAAGAGCCGCAAAAGAUCCCAUUUCAUACUAUAUACACAGUUAAACAAUUUCAAUCAGUCAAAACUGCGGUAAUAUCGGUUGUCGAUGACCUGAUUGCAUUAGGUGACCGGCACCGGCGCUUAUGGACAAUGUCUCAGACGGAUAAGAACAAUUCAAAAUACGAGAGCCCUUAUGAUUACAAUAAGCAUGGUAAGAAAAAUUUGCCUAUUCUCACCGGAUUUUUGAUUUGCGGGUGCACUCUGUCUGUCAUCACUCUAGACUUGAACCCAGGACAUUUAAACGACGCAAAAUCUGCCAGGUUCAUUGCACAAUUUGACUUCAGUGAGCCGGACCAAGAUGUGUGGAAUUCUUUAGCUGUGGCUAUCGCGGUAGUCUUGAUGCGAAAUGGAAUGUUGCGGUUGAAAAUAGAAUGA